AUGGUCGAUCAUGAUCUUUUGGACCACCGCCUCGCCGAUGGGGGGAUACAGGGCAUAGUCCGUAAAUGGCUGUGCUCUUUUAUCUCUGGUCGGGGGCAGAGGGUGGCACUAGGGAGGGAGAUGUCAUCACACCACCCCUUGGUGUGUGGAGUGCCGCAGGGCACAAUCCUCUCCCCGAUGCUUUUUAACAUCUUUAUGCACCCCCUUGCCCACAUUAUCCAGAGCUUUGGACUGGGUUGUCACCAAUAUGCUGAUGACACUCAGCUCUAUCUGCUGAUGGAUGGCCAUACCGACUCGAUCCCUGACACACUGACCAGAUGUUUGGAAGCUGUGGCUGGAUGGUUUCGUGGGAGCCGACUGAAACUAAAUCCUUCAAAGACAGAGGUCCUCUGGCUGGGUCGGGAUGGUAUGGGGAUGAGGGACCAACUCCCUUCUCUUGCGGGGGCCCAAUUAGUGCCAUUGCCUUCUGUUAAGAGUUUGGGUGUAAUCCUUGAUGUCUCCCUUUCCAUGGAGGCGCAGGUUACAACAGCCAAGUCGACAUUUUCCCACCUUCGCCGUAUCAAGCAGUUGGUCCCUUACCUUUCCCGCCCCAACCUGGCCACAGCGAUCCAUGCGAUGGUCACCUCCAGGCUUGACUACUGUAAUUCGCUCUACGCGGGGCUGCCCUUGAAGCUGUCCCAGAAACUCCAGCGGGUGCAGAAUGCUGCAGCGAGGCUCCGCACAGGGUCUCUGCCAUGGCAGCAUAUUCACCCAGUGCUUUUCCAGCUGCAUUGGCUCCUGGUGGAGUACAGGGUUAGAUUUAAGGUGCUGGUUUUGACCUUUAAAGCCCUUCACGGCCUAGGACCCUCAUACCUACGGGACUGCCUCUCCUGGUAUGCCCCACGGAGGACCUUAAGGUCCAUAUUUAGCAACACCCUAGAGGUCCCGGGCUCCAAGGAAGUUAGAUUAGCCUCAACCAGAGCCAGGGCCUUCUCAGCACUGGCUCCAGCCUGGUGGAAUGCUCUGUCCCUUGAGACCAGGGUCCUGCGGGAUCUGAUUUCUUUCCGCAGGGCCUGUAAGACAGAGUUGUUCUGCCUGGCCUUUGGCUUAGAAUCAGUUUGA